AUGGCUAACAUGACCGAAGAAGAGUACAUUAGAGACCUCGAGUCGCAAAUCACGUUGGAUGACGUUGACUUCACCGACUUAGAGGCCAAGUACCAAGUCAGUGCCGACUUUGGUCUUGACAACUAUGUUGUAGUUGAUGGUGCUCCAGUUGCCCCAGAAUCCAAGGUUCCAAUCUUGACCAAGGUUUUGAAGAAGCUCUUCAACACCGUUGGUGAAGUCGUCGAAGGUGACGAUGGGAUUUACAUGCCGUUAGAAAACGGUAUGUCCAAGGGAUAUUUGUUUGUUCAAUUCAAGACCGCUCAAAUGGCUGAAGCUGCCAUUAAGCAAUUAAACGGUAAGAAGUUGGAUCAAAAGCACAGAUUAUUAGUCAACAAGUUGAGUGACAUCGAAAGAUACGGUGCCGAAGGUAACAUUUCUGAAACUUUUGAAGAACCACAAGUUGAAGAAUACAAAGAUUUGGGAUACUUGAGAUCAUGGCUUCAAGAUGAAUCUGGACGUGAUCAAUUCGCUGAACACUUUUCUGAAACUGUUGGUGUUUUCUGGAACAAGAAGAAGAAUGAUCCAGAACCAGCCAUUGAACCAAGAAAGGGUUUCACUUCCACUUAUGCCAAGUUUUCUCCAAAGGGUUCUUUCUUGUUCUCUAUUCACCCACAAGGUAUUCAAUCUUGGGGUGGUGCUGGAUUCCAAAGUGUUAAGAAGUUUAUUCACAACCAAGUUCGUUUGAUUGAUUUCUCUCCAAAUGAACGUUAUAUGGUUUCCUUAUCUCCAGUGCCGAUUUCCUUGCCAGAUUCUCCUCAAGAGCAAGCUAUUUUCCCAUUCGGUGCCGAAAGUAACGGUCACAAGUUGGUUAUUUGGGAUUUGAUCACUGGUGAACCUGUUAGAACCUUUGCCUUACCACCACAUUUGGAAGGCCAAAAGGAAAUGCCAUGGCCAUUAGUUAAGUGGUCUCACGAUGACAAGUACUGUGCCCGUCAAGGUCCUGGUGCUUUAGCCAUUUACGAAACCCCAUCAUUCCAAUUGUUGGACAAGAAGUUGGUCAAGGUUGAUGACAUUGUUGACUUUGAAUGGGCUCCAGCUGCCGUCCAUUUGGCUGGUCCUCGUAAGGAAGAAGGUGAACACAUUUUGUCUUACUGGACUCCAGAAAGUACUAAUCAAACCGCUAGAGUUUCCUUGAUGCAAAUUCCAACCAGAAAGGUUAUCAGAACCAUUAACUUGUUCCAAGUUAGUGACUGUAAGAUGCACUGGCAAGAUGAAGGUAACUUCUUGUGUGUUAAGGUUGAUCGUCAUACUAAGUCUAAGAAGACUUUCUUCUCCAAUUUGGAAUUCUUCAAACUUUCUGAGAAGGAUAUUCCAGUUGAAAAAUUAGAAUUAAAGGAUGUUGUGUACAAUUUUGCAUGGGAACCAAGAUCUGAAAGAUUUGUUACCAUUUCUAGAAUGGAUGAUGGUAACCUUAAUGCUUCCAUUCCAAAGAAUGUUAUUUCCUUUUACGGACCAGAAAUCCAACAAAAGGGUAAGAACGCCAAUGCAUCUACCAGUUCCAACUACACUUGUUUCCUGAGAGUGACAGACAAGCACUCCAACACUAUUGCAUGGGCUCCAAAGGGUAGAUAUGUCGUAGUUGCCACUAUUGCCAAGAACAAUGGUGAACUUGAAUUUUACGACACUUCUUAUGAAGAUGAUAACAAGACCAACACAAACAAGAAGGUUGACGGUAACGUUAAGUUGAUGAGAGCUGAAAAGUUUGCAGGUAUGACCCUGUUGGCAUGGGAUCCAUCCGGACGUUUCGUUGCUGCUUGGUCUUCCAUCUGGAUGCACACCAUGGAAAAUGGUUACAAGCUUUUCGAAUUCACUGGUACUAUGUUGAGAGAUGAAUCCAUUGAUCAAUUCAAGGAAUUUUUGUGGAGACCAAGACCAGCCUCUUUAUUGAAUGCUGCCGACAGAAAGAAGGUUAGAAAGAACUUGCGUGAAUACAGUGCUCAAUUCGAUGAAGCUGAUGCUAUGGAAGCUGAUGCUGCCACCAGAGAAGCCAUCUUGUUGCGUCGUUCCCAAUUGGAAGAAUGGAGAUCUUACAGAAGUAAGUACGCCAACAACGGCGAAGAAAAGAACGAGGUUCAAGCUGAGCUUAUCGAAGAAAUCAAGGAAGUCAUCAUUGAAGAAAAGGAAGAAGUUGUUGAGUAG